GCAAAAGUAUUUUAUUAUUUUUAUUCUAAGUCUUAUUAUUUCAUUUAUUAUAAUUAACUUAUUAUUUUUAUUAUAAUUUACAAUCCCUAUUUGUCUGAACUGACAUCCCUAAUUACAUUGUAAAUUUUUCAACCGGCAUCCCUAUUUCUUUUCUAAUUGCAAUUUUUGGCAAUUCCUCUUUUAAUCGCAUUCUUCGAUUCAAGGUCAAUAUUUGUCUCAACAUAAGCCGGACAAUGAUCUUUGCUGCCUCCGUUACGUUAUGCUUUGUUGUUGUUGUUAAUUUCUCUAUUUACCCUAAUGAGUGGAAAUGUAAACAAAGCAAUAGCGUCAGCAGAGACAGUAAAUAUGAUCAAUGCUGGCUCGUUAUGUUGACGAUUACAAAUCUAUUUUUAGUAUUGUUCCUUUUCUCUGCCGUGCUGCAUUAAAUCGAUCUAACGCUAACAUAAUUUUCUGCCUUGCUGCUAAUACAAACAAAACGACCUAAGUCGCAAAUUUUAUAAAUUAAAGUUUAAGAAUAUUAAUAAGAAUUAAGUGUCCCAUCAGGAGCAAAACUAUUACCAAAUUAUAUUUAAUUAUAAUUUUGAUUAAAUAAAAUUGCCCCAGUGACAAUAAAUUUUAAAGAACAUUUUAUUGUGUUUUUUUUGCUCUGGCUCAAGCAGCCAUUCUCCUACAUUUUUAUGGUGCCGAAACCCGGGACAAGUGAAAAUUCCUGACGCUAAAACUUAAUUAAAAACAGUGUUCGUGCACUUUAAUUAAAUCAAAAAAGAAAAUAACUUUACUCGGUCUCAAAUUUGUGAAAUAAAAUAAUGAAUAAUAUGAGAAAGAUUAAUAACUUUUAAAGAAUAGUAAAAGUGAACUUCCAAAACAAUUAAAUUGCGAUAAAAAUCUUUUAAACAACUGUGAACAUUUUUUCAAAAUAUAUGUCUGCCGCUAUUCUGGGAAAAUUCUGAAUCUAAACAAAUCUACACCCAGAGAAAAUUAAUUGGACAAAUUUAAAAGAAUAAUACUGUGAACUUCAAUACUUACCCCUGUGUUGAACAUCUAUACUUACCACUGUGCUGAACUUCAAUACUUAUACCUGUGCUGAAAAGGAUAUUUUUUUUGGAAAAAACAAAGUGAAGACUUCGUACUGCAACAAUAGCUCAAACAAGUUUUGUUAUAUUUUGGUCCUGUCUCAUACUGUUAACUCGAGUCAUGGCUUAUAUUUUGAGAUUUCUUCAAUACAAACCUGGUUCUAAAAUCCGACAUAAAGGCUUUCUUCGAGCGACGGAAUUGAAUAAGGCGCUACAAAAACUUGUUAUUUUGUCUCAAGACGUCGAUUUCCCCGAGGAACUACAAAUAUUAAAGACAGGAAGAAGCAUUCGUCCAAGUAGCAAAAUUGCCCAAUUGUGUCCCUUUAUUGACGACGAUGGCGUACUACGUGUUGGAGGCAGAUUGCAAAAAGCUAAGUUUCACUAUGAUUUUAAAUAUCCUAUGUUAUUGUCCAAACACAGUCCUUUAUCUCUCUUAAUAUUUACAGAUGCUCAUAAGAAGACACUUCAUGGAGGUCUCAUCCAGAUGCAAGCCUAUGUCACUAGAAGGUUUUGGAUAUUAUCUGCCCGAAAUCUUGCUAAAAAGGUCCAACGCCAAUGUAUUACGUGCUUUAAGUACAAGGCCAAAUCCCUGCAGCAAAUAAUGGGCAAUCUUCCGUCUGUGCGAUUGCAACCCACAAGACCUUUUAAACAUAGUGGUGUGGAUUACGCUGGCCCAAUAACCAUUAAGCAAUCAACGGCCAGGAAUUCUGUCACGACAAAAGGAUACAUCUGUCUCUUCAUAUGUAUGGUCACGAAAGCUCUUCACCUUGAAGCCGUAACAAGUCUUUCUACUGAUGCUUUCAUUGCUGCCUUCAGAAGGUUCACAUCACGACGAGGGAUGUGUUCAGACCUUUACUCCGAUUGUGGCACGAAUUUCAUUGGCUCUAAUAAGGAACUUAAGAUUCUACAAAGAAGAAAUACAGAAUCUCUACCGGAAGAUUUGGCAAACCUACUAGCUGACAAUGGCACAAAUUGGCACUUUAUUCCACCGGCUUCCCCAAAUUUUGGAGGACUUUGGGAAGCUGGCGUAAAAUCCACGAAACAUCAUUUAAAACGCAUCAUGGAGCAUCGCAUUCUUACUUACGAAGAAUUGGCAACUCUGUUGGCUCAAAUUGAAGGAUGUCUCAAUUCAAGACCGCUAUGUCCUAUUUCGCCUGACCCUUCAGAUUUCGAAGCACUAACUCCAUCUCAUUUUCUCGUUGGAGAACCGAUUUUAUGUGUCCCAGAAGAAAAUCUGUUAAAUUUCUCCAUUGAUAGACUGUCCCGGUGGAAAGUUGUCCAACUCCUUAAACAACAAUUCUGGAAACGCUGGUCCUCAGAAUAUGUAAACCGUUUGCAGUCUCGCCCUAAAUGGCUCAAACCUCAAAAGAAUCUUGAAGUCGAUGAUCUUGUCAUUAUUUUCGAUGAAAGAUUGCCUCCAGGCCAGUGGCCGCUUGCCCGAAUUAUCGAUGUUCAUCCUGGUACUGAUGGAAAAGUAAGAGUUGUCUCAUUAAAGUCGAAUGGAAAAAUCUACAAACGUCCUGUCUCCAAAGUCGCACUACUUCCUCUUCAAGACUCUUUCAAUCCCCCACAAGGCCAACAUAAGAGUUGCUGUGAGCAGAGGCAUAGCAUGGUAAUCUCUAAAACCAAAUAAAACACCUCAUCAUUCAUCAUGGUCAAGAACAGUUGUUCUUUGUGCGGGGGAAUGUUGGAGCAAAAGUAUUUUAUUAUUUUUAUUCUAAGUCUUAUUAUUUCAUUUAUUAUAAUUAACUUAUUAUUUUUAUUAUAAUUUACAAUCCCUAUUUGUCUGAACUGACAUCCCUAAUUACAUUGUAAAUUUUUCAACCGGCAUCCCUAUUUCUUUUCUAAUUGCAAUUUUUGGCAAUUCCUCUUUUAAUCGCAUUCUUCGAUUCAAGGUCAAUAUUUGUCUCAACAUAAGCCGGACAAUGAUCUUUGCUGCCUCCGUUACGUUAUGCUUUGUUGUUGUUGUUAAUUUCUCUAUUUACCCUAAUGAGUGGAAAUGUAAACAAAGCAAUAGCGUCAGCAGAGACAGUAAAUAUGAUCAAUGCUGGCUCGUUAUGUUGACGAUUACAAAUCUAUUUUUAGUAUUGUUCCUUUUCUCUGCCGUGCUGCAUUAAAUCGAUCUAACGCUAACAUAAUUUUCUGCCUUGCUGCUAAUACAAACAAAACGACCUAAGUCGCAAAUUUUAUAAAUUAAAGUUUAAGAAUAUUAAUAAGAAUUAAGUGUCCCAUCAGGAGCAAAACUAUUACCAAAUUAUAUUUAAUUAUAAUUUUGAUUAAAUAAAAUUGCCCCAGUGACAAUAAAUUUUAAAGAACA